AUGUCGGAGCCGCUUCCUCCUCCUCCUCCGAGGGCUUCCGGAUUCGGUGAUCCCGCAUUGGUGUUCCCUGAGUUUGCUUCAAAGCAGUGCGUGCUCGAGAAAGUUACAGAGGAAGAAGGAGAAGGAGAAGACAGCAGCUACGGGAAAGGCUCUUUCGACCUGAGCUCCAGGUUCUCGAGCCCUUCCGUCUUUCGAAACGAGUUCGACGCUGUCGAAAUCCCGAGAAAGACUCCGUCUUUGAAGCUUCCUGGAUUCAGAGAGGAAGAAGAGGUUGACCACGGUAGAAACUCAGGCUCCUUCGUGGAUCACAUCGGUGAAGAUGAGAAGAGAGAUUGCUCUGGGUGUUUCAGGAAAUGCUGUGCUUACACAUGCAUGUUUCUUUCCAUCGUCCUUAUCAUCGUCUUGUUGACAGGAUUGUCUGUGAACUCGUCGAUCAAAUCUAAGCUGCCUCAGGUUGUUGUCACAAGCCUCAAGUUCUCGAGAUUGGAUUUCGUCAACUCAACGACGGAUCUUCUGUUGAAUGCGAACUUGAACGCGGUUCUUCAGAUGUCUAACAAAAACGACAAGACGGUGUUGUAUUAUAGCCCCAUGAGAGCUGCUGUCUCUUCCGAGAACAUUAACCUCGGACAGAAGAAGCUUCUUGGGUUCACGCAGAGCCCUGGAAACGUUACCUCUUUGAAUAUUGCGACGAGGCUGAGGAAAUCCAAGGUCUAUGAUGUUGAUGCUACGUUGCUGAGGAACAAAGAGAAGAAGCUUGAAGCUGUGGUUAAUGUGUUGUUGAGCGGGAAAUUGGGUUUUGAUUGGUUGGGGUUUAGGAUUCAUUUGCCGGUUGUUAUUGCGUGCGAAGAUGUGAAGCAGAGUGAUGUGAUGAAUGCACUCAAGCCUAAGUGUGAUGUUCGAAUCUUUUCCCAAUGA